AUGCCGCCCCCGCCGCAUCAAAAGCCCGAAAAUGUCCUGAAGCGCGCCCACGAGCUCAUCGGGGUCAACCAGGCCCCGACGGCCUUGACCCUGCUCCAUGAACACAUCACCAACAAGCGCUCCCGGAGCGCCGCCAUUGCUUCUCUAGAGCCUGUGAUGCUCCUGUUGGUUGAGCUCUCCGUCGAGCAGAAGAAGGGAAAGCUGGCCAAGGAUGCCUUGUAUCAGUACAAGAACUUGUCCCAAAACACCAACAUCUCCACCAUUGAGCUGGUCCUGAAAAAGUUCAUCGAACUCGCCGUGGAGAAGGUUACCGCUGCCCAGCAAAAGGCCGACGAGGUUCAGUCUACCAUUGAGGCCACCGCUGCCACCUCCAGCAUCGACGACUUGGAAGCCAGCGAGACCCCCGAGUCCAUCCUCCUCGCCACCGUCUCUGGCGAGCAGUCCCGUGACCGAACUGACCGAGCCAUCGUCACUCCUUGGCUCAAGUUCCUAUGGGAGGCCUACCGAACCGUGCUCGAUAUCCUCCGCAACAAUGCUCGUCUCGAGGUCCUUUACCAGAGCACUGCCAUGCAGGCCUUCGACUUCUGUCUCAAGUACACCCGAAAGACCGAGUUCCGAAGACUCUGCGAGCUUCUCCGAAACCAUGUCCAGACCGCCGCCAAGUAUUCGUCUCAGAUGCACGCCAUCAACCUGAGCGACCCGGACACCCUGCAGCGUCACCUUGAGACUCGCUUCCAGCAGCUCAACGUUGCCGUCGAGCUGGAACUGUGGCAAGAGGCUUUCCGAAGUGUCGAGGAUAUCCACACUCUGCUAAACCUCAGCAAGCGCCCUCCCAAGAACAUCAUGAUGGCGAACUACUACGAGAAGCUCACCCGUAUUUUCCUCGUUGGCGAGAACUACCUCUUCCACGCUGCAGCCUGGUCAAGAUACUACACCCUGCUCCGCCAGGUCUCGGCCUUGGUCGCCUCUGGCCAGGGCAAGAAGGCUGACAACCCCCCGGCUUCUGAUGCCGAUCUCCAGAGGGCUGCUUCUUUUGUCCUCUUGUCCGCCCUCGCCAUCCCCGUCAUCAGCACUUCCCGAUCCCGAGGUGCCAUGGUCGACUUUGACGAGGCUCGCAAGAACAAGAACACUCGCCUGACCACCCUGCUCGGCAUGAGCCAGGCCCCCUCUCGUUCUCGUUUGUUCCGCGAUGCUCUGUCCAAGUCCAUCAUCCAGCGAUCCCUCCCUGAAAUCCGGGAUCUCUACAACAUCCUGGAAGUUGACUUCCACCCUCUCUUCAUCUGCAAGAAGAUCUCGCCCAUCCUGACCAAGAUUGCCGCUGAUGCCGAGAUGGAGAAGUACAUCCUCCCUCUCCAGCAGGUUAUCCUCACCCGUCUGUUCCAGCAGCUGUCUCAGGUCUACGAAACCGUGGACCUGAACUUUGUCGAGAGCUUGGCCCAGUUCCCUGAGCCUUACCAGGUUACUCGCGGCACUAUUGAGAAGUUCAUCAUGAACGGAAACAAGAAGGGCGAUCUUGCCAUCCGCAUGGACCAUGCCACCGGCGUCCUCAGCUUUGACAACGACGUCUUCUCCUCUGCCAAGGCCGGCCACAGCGGAUCUUCCGCUGGCUCUGCCGAGGCGGAGACUGGCAAUGUGCAGCGUCUCCAGAGCACUCCCUCUGAGAUUGUCCGUUCCCAGUUGACUCGUCUUGCCAAGUCACUCUUCGUCUCGUGCCACUACAUCGAUCCCAACUUCAACAAGGAUCGCCUGGCGGCCCAUGACGCCGCAUUGGCUCGUGCAAAGGCUGGUGCAGAGAAGGAGCACCUCGAUACCCUUGCCCGUAAGGAGGUUAUUCAGAAGCGCAAGGAGGAGGCGUCCGAACUCCAGGCCAAGAAGGAGAAGGAGAACGCCCGACAGAAGAGACUGCGGGAGCAAGCUCUGCAAGAGGCCGAAGACAAGCGCCUGGCUGAGGAGCAGCGUGAGCGUGAAGCCCGACGUAUCAAGGCUGAGCACGACCGUGUUCGCAAGGAGGAGAUCAAGAAGCAGAUCGCAGACCUGAAGAUGAGCGACAAGGCUCUUGACAUUGAUCUGGAAGACCUGGACAACCUGGACAGCAACAGACUUCGUGCCAUGAAGCUGGCUCAGUUGGAACGGGAGAAGAACGAUGUCAACGAGAAGCUUCGCAUAACUGGCAAGCGACUCGACCACUUGGAGCGAGCUUACAGAAAAGAGGAAGUCAAGAAGCUUGCCGAUGAUUACGCCAAGCAGACAGAGCGUGAUCGCAAGAUUUACGAAACAGUCAAGGCCAAGACACUCCAGGAGUCUGAGGAGAAGCACAAGGAGAGUGUGGAGCUCAAGCACCGCCUUAGCCGCCUGGUGGGUGUGUACGAGACUUUCAGAGCAACGCUGCACGAGAAGCGUCGUGAUGAGUUUGAGAAGCGCCGCAGGGAUGCCGAGCGUGAGCUGGAGAAGCAGAUUGCCAUCCGCAAGAAGGAGUACCGCGACCGAAAGCUGCGCGAGAAGAGAGAGCGGGAAGAGAGAGAGCGUAUCCUCCAAGAACAAGAGGAGCAGGCCGCUCGUGAGAAGGAGGAGCAGCGUCUUCGUGAGGAGGCCAGGAAGGCCGAACUCGCCAAGCUCAAGGAGCAGCGCGAGAAGGAACGCCAGGAGAUGUUGGAGAAGGCAGCACUCCAGCAGAGACGUGAGGAAGAAGCCCUUGCUCGCCGUAAAGCAGAGAGAGAACGAGGAGGCCUCAGGGGACCAGAGACUCCCCCUGCUGCUGCUGCUGCGGCUGCCGAUGGCCGACGACCACCAGUCGUUGGCUCAGGAAGCUGGCGAGAGAGAGAGGCUGCCAAAGCUGCAGAGGGCAGCGCACCAGCACGGACAGGGGCCGCGAUGGAGCGCACCGACUCUGGCGAUCGUCCCAGUGAACGCUCAUCUGGCGGGCCCCCGAGACUGCAGUUGGCCGGCUCUGGCAACAAGCCAAGCUGGAGAGAUCGACAAGCCAAGGAGUCUGCUGGCGGAGCGAGCGAUAACCUCCCCCCGCCUGCCAGAGGCCCUGGACCCCGCGACUCUCCUCGCGACUCUCCUCGCGACUUCCCUCGUGAUUCUCCACGUGAAUCUCGCGAGCCUCUAGAGCGAGGUGGCUCAAGGCGGGGCGAGAACGGCAAGACUGAGUCUGCCGCCCCCACGGAGUCUCUGCCUACUCGAACUGCGGGCAAGUGGGUUCCUCCUCACCUGAGGAACAAGUCAUGA